AUGCCUUGGGAUGAAGAUGAUUGGGAUAAUCUUUCCUGGGGAGAGAAGCUUGCGAGAAUCAGAGAAUGGAUUAGCAGAAAUCGCCAAACCACAGGCAUAGGGCUAACUCUAGCAGGAGCGACAGUAGUCGCUGCCCCUGCUCUAGUCACCAUACCUGCUGUGGGCUCUUUAGCAGCAGGAGUACAAGCAACUAUCGGGAACGUCGCAGCUGGAAGCUGGUUUGCCUCUCUUACAAGCACUGCAAUGGGCGGAUACGGACUCGCGGGCCUCACGACUGCCGUUCAGUCGGCCGGAGUUUGUACAUCGGCGGCCGGGCUCAUCACAGCUAUUUUGAAUGGAAAUGGACGUGAAGACGACGGAAAUACAGAUGGAGCUGGUCCUACAAGCCCAAAGGGGCCGAAGGAUGACGGAGACGGGUCGGAGGCAGAGAAGACUCCUCGUGCGAACCAGGAUGGACACCGCGACAAGGACUUCGAUGAGGAGACCGCAUCGUUGGAUGAUUCUGAGGCCUCUGAUGAAGAGUCCUUCAUACAACUCCGUUGAAACUCUCCAACCGAUCGGCGUAUGAUCAAAGAUUUUGGAGAAGCUUUGCAGAUUGGCUCCUACGUAAAACCAACACAAACGGCACAUCGACCAUUCGGAAGAAAACUGCUGGAGGCAAAACAAAAAUCUGUGACCUACAUCCAACAAAAGAAUUCAGAUACGGUAACAUCGUUAUAAAGGCGUACGACAUUUCGCACUCAUAAGAUUGGACCCAAGUUAGGCGGUAGUAGACCUGAUGGAGAAGUAGUUUCAGGUAGAAAUAGAUACCACAGCAC